AUGCGGGUUCAGGAUGGUAGCGGCUUCAAGGUUACCCGCAGUUGGGAAAUGCUGGGUCCGCUACCAAAGCCAAGCGAGCCGCCAUUCCGCCUGAAUUUCUGCGAACUGCUCAGUUUACAUCACGUGGCUCAACUCCGCUCCUGCAGAACUGAACUGCCGGCGUCAAAAUGCUGGUACUCUCGACCUCGAAGCGAAGCCAACUCAGCAUGCGCAGCCCCAUUCCGUAAUGCCGGUUACAUCAGCAUGCGUUCCGAAACCGCGAAAGCCGCGUCCUUCAAGAGCAAAGGGAUUGAGAACAACUUCAGGUUGGUAAGUGAACCCUGGCCUACGUCGGCUGGGUUACGCCAAAUUCGUACGCCGGAAAAUAGGACGCCCGUCAAGAUGAUUACGAAACCAGCCAUGUUGGACCUAGAGCUAAUCGAAAAUUCAGCUUAACAUGCAGAUCGCGUCGGAUUAA